GUACGUCAGCCCCGUCGCUCAUGUAGCGUCAUCAGCAUGUGACGAGUGUUUACGGGAAGCAUGAUACGUACACCGCAGUGAAAGAUAGUUUUAGAUCAGUUUGUUGUAACUUUGGGAGAAUGGCCAUGGACAUGACAUUUCUCGGGACCGGCUCGGCUUAUCCGUCUCCGCACCGCGGUGCCUCGGCUCUGGUGCUGCGCGCGGACGGCGAGUGCUGGCUGUUCGAUUGCGGAGAGGGAACACAGACUCAACUCAUGAAGAGUCAGCUCAGAGCCGGUCGAAUCACCAAGAUUUUCAUCUCCCACUUGCAUGGAGACCAUUUGUUCGGCUUGCCUGGUCUCCUUUGCACUGUGAGUCUCAACACCAACGCGGACCUCCAACAGAAACCAAAUUGCGUGGACAUCUACGGACCCCGGGGUCUUCGCCACUUUCUUAGGGUGACACUUGGCCUCACUGGUUCACAGCUUCUAUUCCCAUAUGCAGUUCAUGAGCUGGAGCCCACACCUGACCAGUGUCCAGAGGAGGGAUGGCUCAACCUGGAGGUGACAGCAGAGCGUGGUCCUCCCCACCCGCAGGAGCAGCCAGGCAGGACUAUCUCUUUUGAUGUCUCCAGUGAUUGUUAUUUCCUCUUUGAAGACAAGAAGUUUGCUGUGAAGGGCUUCCGAUUGGUUCAUCGCAUCCCUUCCUUUGGUUUUUGCAUUCAGGAGCAUGAUCGACCUGGAAGACUAAAAACAGAGCUACUGAAGGAAUUGGGCCUUAAACCAGGACCUCUCUAUGGCCGUCUCAAAGCUGGGGAACCUGUAACUCUUGAAAGUGGACGUGUGGUUCUGCCUACUGAGGUGCUGGAAGAAGCUAUUCCAGGGAGGAAACUCUGCAUUUUAGGGGACUGCAGCUCAGUGCUUGGGGAAGGGCCGCUAAAGCUGUGCAAUGGGGCAGACAUUCUGGUUCAUGAGGCCACCCUUGGGAACGAGCAUCGAGAAAAAGCAGUGGACCACGGACACAGCACACCUGAAAUGGCAGCGGCCGUGGCUCAGGCUUGUUGUACUCGCAGGCUUGUUUUGCAUCACUUCAGUCAGCGGUACAAACCCAGCACUUUGCAGAAGGAGGGAGAUGAGGACAACAUGUCAGAGCUCAAGAGACAGGCUGAAGAUGCUCUACAGGACAGUGGUGUAGAAGUGACUCUGGCUGAGGAUUUUAUGACUCUGGCUAUCCCUCUCAGAAGACCAAGGUGAUUCAUAACCAGUUUAGUUUUGAAUUCUUGUUUGGAGUUUUUGACCAUGUCACUCAACAUCACAGUCAUUCUGUCAACAGCAAAUAUUCAUGUUUAAACUUCUCUUUAUUUGGGCCAGUUUUAAGACUUGAGGUGUGCUUUAAAUUUGAGCUAGGCAACAGUUCAAAUAUCAAUAUCAUUCAUAAAAAGUAGGCACCACCACCAUCUGCUUCAGUUGCAGAUUUACUAUUGCUUUGUGCCUGGUACAAUCAUUGUUUUAACAUUAAGAAGAUCCUGUGGAUAUUUACUGUUGAUAUUUUUGGCUGCUGCAUUGAGGAUGCACAGGUGUUGGGUAACACCAGGAGGAGGAGAAAGUGCAAAAGACAAGAUUCUACAUUACGGUAAAUUUGUUUUUAAUGCCAAAAAACUGUCAGAAUCCACCAUGAUAUUCUUAACUUCUGGAAGACAUAUAAGACAACCUAGAAACUCAAUUUUAAUGUAGUUAAUCUUAAACAUCUGCACUAUAAGAUGUAAUUCUUAUCAGUCUUGUUUGAUCAGAACCAAAGAGAUAAUCAUAAGUAUUUGAACUGAAUCUGUAAUCAGAUUCAUGUGUGACUGUUCUGAGUUGUAACAAAAAAUAAAAAGGCUGUGCCUGUAUUCUUGGUAGAAAUAUACUGAUAAUCAGCUAGUUUGCAUAUUUGUGAGACCUGUGGUAGACUGGUGGUUAUUAUCAAAACGAACUGAGCAGUUUCAGAACCACACCUGCUGGACACUACGAUAGGCACCGUCUUUAGAUUUCUGACUUCAUGCUAAUUUGCCCAGCUGAGUAAAUCUAUCCAUUUGUUUACUUGAAAGCCAAACAAGAAGCAGGGAACAAUAACAUGCACGCUGAGAUCUUUUCAACAAUCAGCACUUCCUGGGUGUAGUGACAUAAUUCAGAUCCCCGAGGAAAUUGUCCUGCUAAAUUGUGGAAAUGAGAUUUUUUUUUUUUUGUCACUUUAACACAAACUGUAGUCACAUUCCCGAACUCCUUCUUUCACCCAGUUUUUUGCAUCUUCUGUGGAAUCAACACCAGGAGAUCACUGUUGAACCUUUUCCAGAGCUUUAUUUCUGGAUCUGUACACAAGGUAUUAAAGUACAACAGAAAAUACAAAAUAAUGUUUAAGAAAAAAAAAAAAAAAACAAACAAAAAAAACAGCAAUGUUUAUGUACAAUUCUUAUAAACAAUAAAGAUAGCUUCUUGAA